AUGAAGACGCAGCAAGAGUACGAUGUGUCGUUGAUUUUGGCGAUGCCUCGCUCGAAUCCAAACGUGGAGCGCGGCAACUUCAUGAUUACCCUGCACAUGGUCAACUCGCAAGCUGAUGCUGGGUUGCAUGCUGCGGCCGAACGUCACGCAUCGUUACACCAAGGAUUGGAAGGGGCCAAUGUACUGUUCACUUCACGCAGGCCUGCUUUGUUUCCUUACGUGGACCCAUUAGUAUCGGUUGCGUCUCGCGUGCUAUUUCUGCUUUACCAUUUGUUCACACCGGGUUCAAGCACGAACUCGAUGAUCAUCCCGUUGGCCGAGCGAGUCUUGUUCUCAAGGGCCUCGGAUCUCCCCAAGUCAGCGUAUGUGGAGGUCGAAGCGGGCCAGACUAUUCAGAUUUACCAUGCCUACCUUCAGCUCACAGCUCAGCUUCGUGGGCUCCGGUGGAUGAUGGUUCACUAUCGCAUCUCGACAUUCAUCGCCUUGACCCUUGUUUUUUGGGCUUUUGAAGUUAUUUUUAUGGGUGUUGCUUGGGGACUUUGGAGCAUGGCUUCAGGAUCACCGCCUGGAGAUGCUGCUGACAAGACCAGGAGGCUUGAGGCAGAACGAUAUGAGUAUGAAGAUGAGGACACAGAUCACGCAGAGACCUUCCCAACAUAUGGAAGACAGCAACCGCUCAAGUACGAGCCCGAAAUCAAACCAGAGGCGGACCCUGAACAGCCUUUGUCGGAAAUUCCUCGCGCAGGAGCCGACGCGGAUGACGAAGAUGAGGGAAGUUUUGACGAUGACGACGACGAUGUGCAACACAAGGAUUCGGGCAUCGGGACGAGUUAUAGUGAGGAGGGAAUUUCAAGCAUUCGAAGACGAACGUCGCGUAAUAAGUUGUAG